CAUGCCACUGAAGGAUAAAAAGCUCAUGGAGGUUAAACUUGGAGAGCUGCCAAGCUGGAUAUUGAUUCGGAAUUUCACCCCCAGUGGCAUAGUGGGAGCCUUUCAGAGAGGUUCUGACGGGUAUUACAAGUACAUCAACGUGCGGAAAGGCAGCAUCUCAGGGAUUAACAUGGUGCCGGCAGCCUACGUGGUUUUCAGCUACUGCAUUUCUUACAAGGAAUUCAAACAUGAGCGGUGA